GCUGGGAGGGAGGGUCCCCCUGCAGUCCUUUGGCUGGGCGCGCGCUGACCCAGCUGUUGCUACUGUCAGCAGCGCCCUGAGAAAAGAGCACCAGCCCAGCAGCAGCAAUAAAAGCAUUGCAAAGCAACUCAGGAGAAGGGUCAGGAAUAGCAACCUUUCUUCCCAGCAACCAUGUCAUCCAGCGAGACUCUUGGGGUGCAAGAGGAGAAUCUGCAGGGUUCUUGGGUGGAACUGCACUUCAGCAGCAAUGGGAAUGGGAAUGGUGGCCAAUCCACAAGCCAAGAACAAGUGCCAGCUUCAGUUUCAAUUUACAAUGGUGACAUGGAGAAAAUCCUUCUAGAUGCACAGCAUGAGUCUGGGAGGAGCAGUUCACGAGAGAGCUCACACUGUGACAGUCCCCCUCGUUCCCAAACACCGCAAGACGUUCACAGAACUUCGGAAGUUGAGAGUCGUGGCAGUGGAGAAAAGUAUAGCUUCCAGUCUGAAGAAGAUUUUCUGGAAAGAAGAAAAGAAGUUGAACAGCUCCUGAAGAAAAAUUCUGACUGGAUGUGGGACUGGUCCAGUAGACCUGAGAAUAUUCCACCCAAGGAAUUUCUCUUUAAACACCCUAAGCGCACAGCUACCCUCAGCAUGAGAAAUACCAGUGUGAUGAAGAAGGGGGGUAUAUUUUCUGCAGAAUUUCUGAAGGCUGUUCUACCCUCACUGCUGCUGUCCCAUCUGCUUGCCAUUGGACUGGGGAUUUAUAUCGGAAGACGGUUGACAACCACAGCUUCCAGCAGCUCAUUAUAAGAGGUGGCAAUGAGUCUAUCUGCCCUGCAAAACAUUGACAACAUUUAUCCAGGCAUACAAAAACAGUGAACAAAAAGAACUCUAGGUGUGCAACUGCACCAUGGUUAUAUCUGUUUCAUUUUCUAAAUAUUAUACUCCUGGCCUACUUGAGAAAGGCAUGUAUGAAAACAAAACCCAAACAGUUCUUGUAUGUAGCCCCUUUUUUGUUCAGUUCAGUAUGCUAAUCAAGGGCAGGGAGAACAUGUGCUUUCAAAUGUUGUUGCACUACAUAUCCCAAUAGCCAUUGCUAGGAUAGCCAGUGAUUAUGAAUGAUAGUUGUUGUAGUUCAGCAUCAUCUGGAGGGCUCUGAAUGGAGUUUUUUUUUUAAACCCAACAACUACCAACUCUGUGGCAAAAAAAAUAUGUAGUUAGUGAAGAUUAUGUAGCAAGGAAUUAUCCUGCUUGUUUUCUAUUUUGUAAAUACAUUCUUUGGUAUUGCUCUUGGUACCACUUUAUUGUAAAAAGCUGAAUAGUGGGCCAAGAUUAUUGUGGCCUUACAUUUCUAAAGACUGCAGUCUUUUUACCUGAUGUGAAGUGAUUUAGUAAAUUUACCGUAAAAUGUAACUGUGAAUCUGAAUCCAAUAUACCGUUGAUAGAGGUUUGUGUGUUUUAGUAGCUGACUGUUCUCUUGUGUUUUCAUUGCAUGUUUAUAUCCAGUGCAACUACCACAUAACAAGGGUGUAAAUAUAGAAGACUUCAGUAGUGAUGGUUUUCUGAAACAGUAAUUACUCACAUCUCCCUAAAUUCAGGAAACUUCCAAGAGGGAUGGGAAUGAGAAAUUGCAAAGCCACAGAACCAAGGAUUAUUAUGGCUAUGAUAGUGCUUAUCUCCCUGUAUUUGGCAACCCCCAAUAGGCAGGUCAUGGAGGAAGAAAGGGCUUCUGCAUAGUUUUUGUGGGUUUUUCAGGCUAUGAGGCCUUUUUCUACAAGAGUUUAUUCCUGACGUUUCACCAGCAGCUGUGGCUGGCAUCUUCAGAAAAUGCUGGCAUAGAAGAGAGUGGGGUAUAUAUACUGUUGGUUGACUUGGCCAAGUUUCUGGCCACACAGUUACAAAGCUGUAUAGGACAACCCCCUACUACAUCAAAGAGUUAGCUCACUUCAUAGAAAAAAAUCAACAAACUCAAACCUGUAGACAUACUAAUCAGCUUUGAUGUGGUCUUGUUCAUCAAAGUCCCCAGAAUGGACACCAUGGCACUCAUCCAACAUUUUUUUCCAGAAGACAUCACAGCUCUGUUCGAACAUUGUCUCACCACAAGCUACUUUUGGUGGGACAAGGAAUUCUACAAGCAGAGAGAUGGGGUGGCAAUGGGAAGCCCUCUGAGCCCCGUGAUAGCAAUCUUUUACAUGGAACAUUUUGAAAAGCAAGCCCUGGAAACAGCACCAAAAAAGCCCACAACAUGGUUCCUAUAUGUACAUGACACCUUCACAGUUUGGGGCCACAGAGAAGAUGAUCUGACCAUGUUUUUGAACCUUCUGAACAAUAUUCACCCAAACAUCCAAUUCAUGAUGGAAAAAGAAAAGGAAGGAACAUUGCCAUUCUUGGAUGUCCUGGUCAUCUGUGAACCAAACCAAUGGUUGGGCCACACAAUAUGGAGAAAAUCUACACACACAGACAGAUACCUACACAAGAACUCCAACCAUCACCCAGGACAAAAGAGAAGCACAAUAAAAACAUGGUAGGCCGUGCAAAAAGGAUCUAUGAACCUCAUUUCUUAGAAGAUGAAUUGAAGCACCUAGACUGGGCUCUACAGACUAAUGGUUAUUAUAGCUCAGACAUCAGAAAGGCUGCCUAACCCAGAAAAACCCAGAGGAGGGAAGACAACUAUUCUUCUAGAACAUGGCCUCAUAUCCUGAAAAACCCACAAAAAACUAUGGAUGCAUCCCAUGAAAUUCUUCGACUUCACAAAGGCUUCUGCACUUUGCAUAGAAACCAAGGAGGCUGACUGAAGAGCAGUCAGUUCUCCUUUUCUGACAGCCUCCUAUGGAUUCACACCAGAUCCACAGGAAAUAACAUUUGCACAUAGGGCUGGACAAACUGCUAUCCUAUAGCUGUUUUAGUGAUGCUCCCCUCGCCCCCAGUUUUUCCUGUGCCAUCCUUUUCUUGGUCCCAAAAAGGGUGACUUGCCUCUUGUGAAAGCUUCCAGGUACAGUGGUUGAUGCUAGCUGUCUCAAAGGAAGUUACUUUUCUGUUGCUAAUGGAGUUAAAAUUGUAUUGCUUCCUUUUAUUGCCCUUUAUCCCUGGUUUGCACAUGGCAAAGAAGAAGCAAUAUCUCCCUGCACUGACAUCUGUCAAUGUAAUUUCAACUUACAACAGAGUAAUAUCUGAGGAAGAAUAGAGGCCUGUGACUUAUCUUUACCUUUUUUGUUCUCCUGUAUGAUUUUAAACAUCUUUGUUUAUAAUAGCCAGUGCAACUUUGAAAGCUUGCAUGAGGCAUCUUCUACUUUUUGGUUGACCAAUAAAGGUAUUACUCUUGUGGAUUUUAUAUUUUGUUAUAUUGUGCUAUAUGGUCAGCACAGUUAUCCCUAAAUAUGUUUCUUUUUCACUUACUGUACCACUUAAAAACUGUAUGUGGCGUUCUGCAUUUACCAUGAUUAAAACAAUACGUUUUGUUUUCUUUGGUAGUUUAACACUUCCAUAUAUAAACAUAUUUUUGCUGUACCCUGAGUUAGCAGGCUUUACUUGAUAAGUGAAAAAAGAAAUUAAGUAAUUGUUAUGUAGAUUUUCUGUUACCUUAAAGUUUUUGUAAGUUACAGAAAGAGAAUGUAAUGCCCAAAGUAAACAAUUUUAUUGUUGUUUUUGCAUACGGCUCCUGAUGCUCUGAAGAAGCGCCAUCAAGGUAUGUACCACAUUAUGAAACAUCUCAAGAAUAUUCUUACUAAGAUUGCCUGUGUGGAAAUACUACUGACUGGUGUUGAAAAUGAGCACAGUUUCAGAAUUUGUGUUAAGUGAAAUGAAGUAUCUGCUCAGUAGAAAUAUAGUAUAGUACCUGGCAUCCAUCCAUAUUAGCACUCUGUACUUACAAUAUUAUUCUUUGCUGCUUUUGGCCUUAAUUCUUGUUUUCAAAAAAUGAUUGUGUAGAACUGAAAGUAGGAUUAAUACUAUGGCAUCUCAGAUUAUACUGCUGUGACUGUUUCUCUAAUGUAGAAUGUUAUUUCAUGAACUUGAGGACUUUGUUGAAGAGGUUAGCUUGGCCUUUUCUUAUAGAUAACAAUUCAGCUAACUAGAUAUGCUAAGAUUUCUGUGUUCCUUCCUGGUAUGGGCUUUGGGCAGAGUAUUCUUUCUUUGAGGGGAGUCUUAGGCGGCCCAGAAGGAACUACUGUACAACCUCCACUAUCCAUAUCCAUUGUUCAUGCUGGCUGGGGAGAAUAGCAGUUAUAGUUCAACAUCUUAUGGUCCCAAAGUAAAGUGGUCCUCAGGCACAUAGUUGCAAAUGGCAAUACAGCAGGAGCUCUCAUUAGAACUCCAUAACAGUACUGGGUUUUGCCUAAAUCUCCAGGAGAGAGAUUGCUGACUUCAGUAAAAUCAUUAGAGACUACUGUUUCAACUGCUUUCAAAUUUGAAUAGAUAAGGCCCAUCUGAAGCAGAACCCUACAUCUUUAUAUUUCCAUUAUUGUCAGAUGUAGCUACUUCUGAAGAAAGCAGUUUGGUUUCUCCUGAUCUAGCAAAAGACAAUCCAGAAAGACAAUAGUAUUGGUUGCUUAUUCUUCCACUAAUCAUGGGACAUCCACAUAUUUACUGGAUACAAAUCUGACAUUUGUAUGUAGUGAGGGUUUGGUCUUCUAAUAGUAUUUUUGCCAAUCAUGUCAAGUAAACAGCUAGAACUUUUAUCAUCCAGGUGACAAGCUCUGCAAUAUAUUGUUGAAUGUAUACAAGUUGUAUGGUUACUAUAUAAAAAUAAACUGAGUCAAUAUUU